GGUGCGAACCUGAUAGGGAAUCAGCUGGACGUGAAACUGAAGUUUGUUGAAGCCUGUCACUUCGCAUGACAAGUAUAUCAUCUCGAAGAAUAACAAGAACCACCAUGUUUGCCACUACUGCAAAACUAGCAUAUCCGCCUGGUCCACUUCACCGAGGGCUUGCCCUUUUUUUCUGCUGGAUUAUUGCUGCCCGCAGACCCUUGCGAUGCGCUUCUUUUUAUAGCAACAGCAAAGCAGGGUGAGGAACGAUAACCCAAACUUCAGAGACCACCCCCCCCCCCUCUUCUGCUACUUCCAAAGAGAGAGCAAUGGAUAGAGUACCUGAUGGUGUGGAAGAGCACAAGUCAGCAGCAGACCAAGCUAACGAAGCUGGUCUAGCUGAUGAUAGUACCGCGGUACCAUGGCUGAAGCUGGGUCUUGAUGCGCCGAAAAGUGAAGAAGCCAAGCCCCCUCGAGAGGUGAAACCAGUGGCCACUCCACAUAGGACUUUCUCCUGUAACUACUGCAUGAGAAAGUUCUUCAGUUCGCAGGCCCUCGGUGGGCACCAGAAUGCGCACAAGAGGGAGAGGUGUGCAGCAAGAAAGCCAUACAGGUUUCAGAUGAUGACGGGCCUUAAUCCUCCAUCUGAUUCCUUUCUCCAACCUUUGAGAGUGAACUCCCACUCCACGAUCCUCAAGGAUCAUGGUGAAAGUGCUGCUGCUGCUGUUGUAGCAAGAUUCGACGGAGGCCCAAUGAGCAGCUGGAUGCCUUUUGCAAUUGAAGAACCUGGAGGGUUAGUAUGGACAGGGAGCUUCACAGCAAGUUCAGAGGAGUCCAAGAAGCAAAUAGAGCAAAAAAAUAUUGACUUGACCCUGCGCUUGUAGAUUGUAAUAAGCAGAUAGGUCAUUACAUACAAGCAUUUUCUGAGAAGUGUAAUCUUUUCAUAAUUUCUGUUGGGUGAACAAGUAUAAAAUGCAUGGUGAGGAUGAAAAGUUUGAAUCCGCCCUCACACUUGUGCAUCAACUGAACUUUAUUUUCUCUGCUGUCACUUGCAGCAGGCUAUAUGAAUUUGGUUGUACUGGA